CUGCGGACGCCGGGAGGAGCCAAACAUUAAGAGGAUGAGGAACACCUCGGAACGAACUGAUUAAAUACUGUACUGAAUCAAAAGUGACUCACCAAAGAGAGCUACAUUUGUGUGGACUCGUCUAUCGUCAUUUUGAGAGAUGAUGAUGACCUCACUCAGCUAGUGACCUGACCUCCCAGUCCCAGAGCGUCCUCAGCCAGGCAACCCAGCCGUGACAGAACCAGUCAUUGGACAGCACAAUAGUAUAACAUAUAUGCCAUUUAGCAGACGCUUUUAUCCAAAGCCACUCAUCCGUGCAUACAUUUUACAUAUGGGUGGUCCCACAGUGACAGUGUUCAAUUUCUACUAGCAUCAUGGCUGCCAGCCAGCAGAAAGGCACUGCAGAGCUGGAAACCUCAACAGAGGGAAAGCGGACAGAGCUCAGGGCCAAUGAAGUACAUAAGAAAUGCUCAUGGGCCUCUUAUAUGACCAACUCCCCCACUGUGAUUGUCAUGAUUGGUCUUCCUGCCAGAGGGAAAACCUACAUGUCCAAGAAGCUAACCCGCUACCUCAACUGGAUAGGAGUGCCAACCAAGGUGUUCAACCUGGGGGUCUACAGGCGAGAGGCUGUAAAAGCCUACAAAUCCUAUGACUUCUUCAGACAUGACAACGAGGAGGCCAUGGAAAUCAGGAAGCGGUGUGCUCUGGUAGCACUGCGGGAUGUCAAAGCUUAUCUGACUGAGGGGGGCCAGAUCGCUGUCUUUGAUGCCACAAACACCACCCGAGAGAGGAGAGAAUUAAUCCUUAGUUUUGCAAAGGAACAUGCUUACAAGGUGUUUUUUGUGGAGUCAUUGUGCGACGACCCUGAUGUCAUUGCUGCUAAUGUUAUGGAUGUGAAGGUAUCCAGUCCAGACUACCCAGAGAGACACAGAGAGAGUGUGAUGGAGGACUUCCUGAAGAGAAUAGAAUGUUAUAAAGUCACGUACCAACCAUUAGACCCAGAUGAAAAUGACAGGGACCUGUCCUUCAUCCAGGUCAUCAAUGUGGGCCGGAGCUUCCUGGUCAACAGGGUGCAGGACUACAUCCAGAGCAAGAUCGUGUACUACCUCAUGAACAUCCACGUGCACUCUCACUCUAUCUACCUGUGUCGGCACGGAGAGAGCGACCACAACGUGGAGGGACGCAUCGGGGGUGACGCAAUGCUGUCUGUUCAAGGGAAAAAGUUUGCUGGAGCGCUUAAGGGUUUUGUGGAGGAGCAUAGUCUGUCAGACCUAAAGGUGUGGACCAGCCAGCUGAGACGGACCAUCCAGACUGCUGAGGAGCUUGGGGUGCCCUACGAGCAGUGGAAGAUACUCAACGAAAUCGAUGCAGGUGUGUGUGAGGAGAUGACCUAUGAUAUAAUUGAGAAAACCUACCCUGAGGAGUUUUCCUUGAGGGACCAGGACAAAUACCACUACCGCUACCCAGGGGGAGAGUCCUACCAGGACCUAGUGCAGAGGUUAGAGCCAGUCAUCAUGGAACUGGAGAGACAAGGCAACGUGCUGGUCAUCUGCCACCAGGCUGUCAUGCGAUGCCUGCUCGCUUACUUCCUGGAUAAGAGUGCAGAUGACCUGCCCUACUUGAAGUGUCCCCUCCACACGGUUCUAAAGCUCACCCCUGUGGCUUAUGGUUGCAAAGUGGACAUGUUUGACCUGAAAGUGAAGGCUGUGAACACUCACCGGGAUAGGCCAUUAGAUAAAGUCCGUAAUGACGUCGUUCCUGCCACAUUCCUACGGAGGAACAGUUUCACCCCGCUGUCCAGUCACGACCAGGUGAAGCGACCGCGCCUCUACAGCGCUGGCAACCUACCUCAAUCUCGACGGCCCCUGGCCCCCUUUCUACCCAGCAUGCAGUCCUUUGAGGACCCUGAGGGAGCAGAGUUGGCACAAAGCCAAGAGUAUCUCAACUGCUUCAGCCCAGGAGAUGCAGAAGAUGCUGUCCACAGUUGAAGAGGACUGAGAAGAGUGUCUCCACUCCCCCACAUUUUCGCUGCCAUCAGAUCUGGGUUCAAAUACAAUUUAGAAAUCUUGUUAAAUACCUUUAGUGUUCACUUUAGCUUGCCUGGAGUGCCAGGUGGGUAGUGUUCGCUUUAUCUUGCCUGGAGUGCCAGGUGGGUAGUGUUCGCUUUAUCUUGCCUGGAGUGCCAGGUGGGUAGUGUUUGCUUUAGCUUGCCUGGAGUGCCAGGUGGGUAGUGUUUGCUUUAUCUUGCCUGGAGUGCCAGGUGGGUAGUGUUUGCUUUAUCUUGCCUGGAGUGCCAGGUGGGUAGUGUUUGCUUUAUCUUGCCUGGAGUGCCAGGUGGGUAGUGUUUGCUUUAUCUUGCCUGGAGUGCCAGGUGGGUAGUGUUUGCUUUAGCUUGCCUGGAGUGCCAGGUGGGUAGUGUUUGCUUUAGCUUGCCUGGAGUGCCAGGUGGGUAGUGUUUGCUUUAGCUUGCCUGGAGUGCCAGGUGGGUAGUGUUUGCUUUAUCUUGCCUGGAGUGCCAGGUGGGUAGUGUUUGCUUUAGCUUGCCUGGAGUGCCAGGUGGGUAGUGUUUGCUUUAUCUUGCCUGGAGUGCCAGGUGGGUAGUGUUUGCUUUAGCUUGCCUGGAGUGCCAGGUGGGUAGUGUUUGCACUUUGGGGACUUUUCCGCUGAUUCCAUUGCAACAGGCAAGCGCUAUAAAGCAGCUAAAUUAUUUUUAAUUAUUUCAAAUAGUAUUUGAACCCAGGUACCCUCUGUCUGCUCAGGCUUGCUUCAUACCAUGCCAGCCUUACCAAUUUGAUUGUCAAGCAGGAGUUCAAGCACACGGUCUUAGCAGCAAAUUAGAUAUGGAAUGUGGCUGUUGUAGUGGCCAGAAUUUGUUCUACAGUUCCAUUUCUGUUGCCAUCUGUUAGAUAGAUGGUGUGUGUGGGUGAAGAGCGAUAUGAUUUGAGACAAACAUGACCUUGCGCACACACACUUACCAACAGUCAACGUUUAAUUUAUUGUGAACAGAACUUUAGAAUGUUGAAUAGAGGACAUCCUUGAGAUUAUUUGUCUCAGUAGAUUUGAGACAUUCAGUGAUUUGUCUAUUACAAUGUAUUUAAUUUACACUGUAACUAAUGGAGAGGGUUGCCACACUGAAAAAUGUAUAAAAAACAAAGCACUGACUACAAACACUGUCUUAUCCUUAAAUGAUUAUCCUUUAAUUCUACAGUAUAGUUUAUAAACAAUUACUUAAGAUCUUAUGAAUAAUAUAUUCUGAACAAAAAUCUAAAUGCAACAUGCAACAAUUUUAAUGGUUUAAAUGGCAUGCUGUUUUAAGCAGUUUCUUGACAUGCCACACCCGUCAGGUGGAUGGAUUGUCUUGGCAAAUGAGAAAUGCUCACUAACAGAUGUAAACAAAUUUAUGCACAUCAUUUGUGAAAUGUAUUUUUGUGCGUAUAUGGAACAUUUCUGGGAUCUUUUAUUUAAGCUCAUGAAACAUGGGACCAACACUUUUACAUGUUGUCUUUUUAUAUUUUUGUUCAGUAUAUGUACCCCUUUAAUUGGAUAGUUGAAUAUCAUCUCUUUUGAACAUUCUCAUACUUGACCAGCCUUGUUUCCUCAGUGAGAGUACAAAUGCUGAAAGACCACCAUACAGGAUUUAACAUUUUGGCUUAAGAGUUAAUGUUAUUAGUUCAUUACAUGUUACAUUACUGUGUGUGUAUAGAGUUCACAUUUCACACUGCAAUUCUGUCACAUAUUCAUGGCCAUGUUAUGAAACACCCAUGUCUUUGCAUUAUCAAUGUAUCAAUUGCAUGUCCUCAGCUAAAAUGGCAACAUGAUUUAAGGGGGCAAAUAUUUUUUAGACAGUACUACUGUAGUUACAGUCAACAUGCCAUGCCAUCAACAUUUUGGAAUAUUUAUUCUUAAAUGUGCUAUACUGACAUUUGAAAAGCACAGCGUAAUCGAAGAUGGGUACUUUCAUACUUACAGUUCACUGAUUGUGUCCAACCAUGUGCACCUUGUUUAUUACUGCCACAUUGAUAAUGUUAAAUUCAAUGCUGCUCUAAAGUGCUUCUGUGCCGGUGUUUAGCAACAUUUACUUUUGUGGCUGUUACAAGACAAUGUUAUUAUAUAAGUAGGCAGUUAGUCAGUAGCCUGUAAGACUACAACAUACUGAAUGAUAUAAUGGUAUGAUGCUGUAAGAUAUUUUUAGAUCACUAGAAUUAUCUGAUGUAAGUGUAAAUUAUUGAAGAAAUGAUGUUGUACUCUGUCAGAACGUCUUGCUCAUGGCAGUUUGACUUGACUUUGUUCUCUGGUACAUAAUGUGGCCAGAUGUAUUGAGCUUAUUGGGAGGUGUCAUCCUGUUUAGAUGUUUCCACUACAACUCCCUGUCUCUCUCAAGCCAGGGCAAGCCUGUGGCAGAACCCUGGCUAUGGGGCAAGACUGGGAGUGACUUCCUGGGAAUAAUAACCGAGAUGACUCAAUCUUCUCAUAUUUGACCUACAGUAUCUGUGCAAGAGGACUAAUACAAUAAGUGUCUGAAAGACGUAAAGGGAAGGUGGCAGCAGGGGAUUGGGGAUGUUCAAAUGUUUCCAGACUGGUGUGUCAGGAUAAAUGGGUUGGUUCAUUAUGUAAUGCAAUUAUUAUACUACCAUCUGAAACUUCAGUGUCUGUGUAUAGCAUGAACUACUGAAGCAUACAGUACAUUAUUCUCACAGGAAGUAUUUAUUUGGUUCAAUCAGCAGGCGUGCCUCCUUUGACUAUAUUAUUAUUUUUUCAUUUCUGUUAUUGGAAACAGUAAUGGCCUUGUCACGCAUUACCGCUUUCACAGCCUUGUUUGUGUAUCAGUGGGCAUCUUUCGCAAGACUGCAUUGUACUACACUCGAGGCAACCAUUUACCUAAACCAACAACACUUUAAGGUGUGGAGACAUUGUAAUGAAAUGUUAUGAGUCAUACGGAAACUUGUAUUACUGUAUUUGUAAAUUAGGACAAUUCUGAACUAUAGUUGGAAUAGAAAUAAUAAAUUGUUGGGUUUUCUGAUGUG